AUGGAAGAUGAUAAUCCCCGUGGCCCCACCCACCAGCAUCACCACCACUGCCAAGAAAAGUUCAACAGAGUUUGCGCCCGCCCCAACUCUCUACUUUUCAGCCUCAUCUUUCCCUGCUAUUUCGAGUUAGUGGGACAGGGCUUCUUUGUUCUGCGGAAGCUUUUGCUUAUAUGGGAGACAUGGGAAAAAUGGGACUUGACACGAUUUGUUGUGGACCCAGUACAGGCUACUUUGUACAAGAUGACUGGAAUGUCUAAGGAAGAAGGGUCAGGCAGUCCUAGUUGGGGUGCUUCAUUUUUUACGCAGACAAAAGAGGAUGUGGCUAGAGCUGUUGCUGCUGCUGUUAACUCUCCAAUGUCAUCAAAGGAUGAUAAUAGUGGUAGCCAACUUCAAAGGCUGCAGUAUCAAGUUGCACGAAUGUUAAAAAGCUUUGCACACCCUCCUGAUGUCGAAAACACAAAUUACAAUCCUGAAAUCCUGACUAGUCUGAAGCGUCAAUGGGCCGCAAACUUUCAGUUGCAAUACAUGGACCAUAAGAUUUUGAAGGAGCCCUCACGACUGUUUGAAAGCAUGGUGGUUGUUGGACUUCAUCCUAAUUGUGAUGUUCAGGCACUUAACAGGCAAUAUGUUGAUAGGAAGUUUGAAGGCUCUGGUAAAUUGAGAAGUGCUCUUGGUUAUCAGAGUCAAUCUCGUGUAGAACCCAAUAUUGAACCUCAGGUCUUGUUUGUUUACCCUCCAGAAAAACAGCUGCCACUUAAAUGCAAAGAUCUUCUUUCUUUCUGCUUCCCUGGAGGUUUAGAGGUCCGUGCUGUUGAGAGAACGCCUUCCAUGAGUGAGUUGAAUGAAAUUCUUUUUGGGCAGCUUGAAUUACAAGCCAGGGCUGAAAUUGACAAAUUACAAUUGGGUCAAGUCCAUUUUGCUUUAGGAGGAGUUGAUGGAAACUUGGACACCAGUGGGCAUUUGUUCUAUAAGAAUCUGGAAGAUGUUUCAUGUUUGCAUGAAGUUGCCAUUCUGAAGUCUGUCUUCUGCAUUCCUAUAACUUUCCAUGUCAAAACAAACAUUAUUGUGGUGGUGACCUUCCAGAAUGCUACUGAUUCAAUGCCUUAUCCUUCCAUUCCACUUGCUUCCCACACUCCCGUCACCACUGAUCUUCUACCACCUGGCCAUUCUGUUGUUAGGAUCCUCACCAACAGGGUCCUCCACCACCUCAUUCCCAUCCUGCUCUUGUCAUUUCUGCCCCACUUCUGUGGUGUGCCUGAACUGGGGAACACCUUAAACAAAGGGAUUUGUCAUUUGUAUUCAGGUUACAGUUUUGGACCUGAUCCCCUUGAUCUUCAUUCAAAUGAUUGUUUUGACGUCUACCUCCUUAUAACCAGCACUUCACAUUUCCUAGGGCUAAUUGUGUUUUCAUUAGAACCAAGGCAUCUAAAUACUACAACAAUGCAUGCACUGUUUGGUGGAGUGGAUUUGGAAAAAACAGGAAAGGAUAUGAUUGAUUUGUUUGGACUAGAGCCUUUUUUUUUUGCUGUGAAUUUGAAGUCUAAGACCAAGUGUUGGGAAGGGGUAGUUGAAGAAUUAGUACAAAAGCCUUCCGGAUUGCUUUCUCUGAUUUCUGAUAAGCAGCCUUCUUCCUCAUCUUUGAGACGACAUAUACUAACCACCCAGAGAUGUUACUGCAUUCUUUCAAGGCUUCCAGCUUUUGAAUUGCACUUUGGUGUAUUGAAUAGUAUCUUCACACAAGAAAGGCUGGAGCGGUUGACAAGAAGUGUUGGGGGUUUAAGUUUAGAAUCUGAUAAAGAUAACUUUAAGGAAGAAAACCCAGAGGGUUACUCAGAGAGUAUUUUGGUGAGUGAGUGCCCAAUAGAAGACAGACUUGGUGGAAAUCCAAAAAUUUCUCUAUCGAGUGUAGCAAAGUCUUCUUCACCUGAAAACAUCAUUGAUGAUGGUCAAAGAGAGCACCUAAUGGUUGAUGGGGAGCUGCAGACAUACAACGAGAGAAUCAAUUAUGACAAUGUUUUGCCUACUAAUCGUGUAACAGAUAAUACUACAGGCAAAGAAGGCUCUGGCCCUACAAAUUCUGAAAAUAGUGAUCAGUAUGGAGAUGCUUUUGCUACAAACAAACAGUCAGAAGACAAACAUUUACCUAAUGCUAUUUUGCCCCUCCUGCGCUAUUGCCAGUAUGAAAGCUCUGAAUCUUCCUGCAGUUUCCAAGGGUCACCUUGUGAAGACAGAAAUUUUAGGAGUGAUGUUGAUGAUAACGAGACAGAAGAAGCAUCUUUCUCCGGCCAAGAGGAUUUGAAUGACUUAAAUGAUAUUCUUGAAUGGGCAAAGGAAAAUAACCAUGGACCACUACAAAUUAUUAGCGAGUAUUACCGUUUAAGUUACCCUGCCAGGGGCUCAUCGCUUACAUUUCAUCCUUUGGAGCAUUUGCAUCCCUUGGAAUAUCAGAGAUCAGCUGAGUCAGUUCUCUGUCUUGCUGGUUCAACAGUUGAUUUGAAAACGUCCAGUACUGGUCUGGAAUUAGUUGAUGCACAUAUUGCUCUCGUGGUGGAAGAGGCAACUGCAUUAUCUGUAUGGGCUGUAGCUUGCUUGUGCGGUACAUUGAGACUUGAAAAUGUGUUAACAUUCUUUGCAGGAGUUCUACUAGAGAAGCAGAUAGUUGUUGUCUGUUCUAAUUUGGGAAUCCUAUCUGCUUCAGUUUUAUCAGUUAUUCCACUAAUCCAGCCUUACCGUUGGCAAAGCCUGCUAAUGCCAGUUUUACCAAAUGACAUGCUUGAGUUUUUAGAUGCACCGGUCCCUUAUGUAGUUGGUAUCAGGAACAAGACUAGUGAAGUUCAGUCAAAGUUUACCAAUGUUAUUGUAGUUGAUGCCGACAAAAACCAGGUGAAGUCACCAACAAUACCACAACUGCCAAGACAGAAAGAGCUUGUCUCUUCUUUACGUCCUUAUCAUGCAACUCUUGUAGGAGAAAGUUACUUGGGUAGGAGAAGGCCAGUAUAUGAAUGCACGGAAGUGCAGAUUGAAGCUGCAAAGGGGUUCCUUUCGGUGUUAAGAUCUUACUUGGAUUCUCUUUCCUAUAACAUCCGUUCUCACACAAUCACCAAUGUACAGUCCAAUGACGAUAAGUUCAGUGAUAUGAAGGACCCAAGUCCUAGAAUAUCUGGAGGCUGUUUGAUAAAGCUUGGGUGUACUUGGAUAGAUUCAAGGAAAACAGUAUCAUUGCUUUUGAAGGAGAGUUUCAUUGACUCGUUCCCUUACCGGGAUCGGCAUUUUAUGAAGACCUUGUUCUGUCUUUCUUACAAAAGGAAUAGGGCUGCCAUGCAGAAGAUUUUUGCAGUGAGUGUGGUCCAAGUGGAAGAUGUGGCAGUUGAGUUGUGCUUGAUUCUAAACCAGAAUGCCACAGCAAAGAUGCCGGGAUUUGCCCUUCUGGCUGUUACAUUAAUGGAAACAUUUGAUGUGUCCCUGCUUUGGACCUUUUACUCCUUAAAUGUUGCAAGGUCAAAUUGUAAGUGGGAGGGGUCUGAGUCUGAGUUUAUGGAUUUCCGUAAAGAUGUCAGAGACAAGGCCUGCCAGAGAGGCAGCUUAGUCGCAGAAGCAGUGGCAACAGAGAGGUGCAGUCAUAAUAGGAGCUGA